GUUGUCUCAGUCUAACGCGCCUCCGACUCGCUAUCCCUACAGGAGGCCACUGCUCGGGCGACAGACGGACUAUGCUUGGGAGGACGGAUUCUGUUAGCUGAUUUUGUCAGAAUUCGAAUGUCUCCGAAAGUAUCGGCUACCUCUGUGACAUGGCUGCUUGUGGCUGGGCUCGUCUUCCACUUGGUGUAUAUCGGAACAGUCUUUGACUGCUACUUCACCAGCCCUGUCGUCCAUGGAAUGCAGCAUUAUAGCACCGAGCGACCGCUGUCGAAGCGCUUGGUCCUCAUCGUAGGGGAUGGACUACGUGCCGACCUUGUCUUUGGCGUAGAUGCCUUUGAUUUCAUUCCUGGGGCACCGAAUGUAACGGCGCCGUAUCUGAGAUCCAUUAUAGAGACAAGGGGAGCAUAUGGUGUUUCACACACGCGGGUGCCAACUGAGAGUAGGCCGGGACAUGUAGCACUGAUAGCUGGAAUGUACGAGGACGUGUCCGCUGUGACCAAAGGAUGGAAGACUAACCCAGUCGACUUCGACUCGGUCUUCAACCAAUCGUCGCACACCUUUUCUUUUGGAUCACCGGAUAUCCUGCCUAUGUUCCAACAGGGCGCGACACACGGGAGAGUAAAGGCUUGGUGCUAUGAGGAGCACGAAGAAGACUUCUCGAAAGACGCCACUGCAUUGGAUACCUGGGUUUUGGACCAUCUCAGACAGUUGCUGCACAAUGCUACCACUGACGCUGCAUUGGAUCAUGAGCUUCGCUCCGAUAAGGUCAUCUUUUUCCUGCAUCUUCUGGGGUUAGACACGACCGGGCAUGCGUAUCGGCCUCAUUCUAAAGAAUACAUGAAUAACAUAUUGGUUGUCGACGCAAUUGUGCGUCAGACCGAGGCGCUGCUCACCGAAUUCUAUGGAGAUGAGGAGACCAGCUUCGUAUUCACUGCUGACCAUGGCAUGUCGAGAAUCGGCAAUCACGGUGAUGGAGAUCCUGAUAAUACUCGUACACCCCUCGUUGUCUGGGGUAAAGGCGUUCGAGGGCCUAUACACGUACCUGAAGAUGAUCUGGUCGAGCCAGACACGUAUACUUCUCCCUUCAAGCUCUCCCACAUUGUCAGGCAGGACGUUGAGCAAGCAGAUGUUGCGGCACUCAUGGCGACAUUAGUGGGUAUAAACUGGCCCGUGAACUCAGUCGGCGUUUUACCAGAUGUAUAUCCGGGUAAGGCAGGGUACUUGAAACUUGGUAAUGAUGGUAGGGCCAAGGCUGAGGCUGCCCUGGUAAAUGCGAAGGUUGUAUUGGAACACUAUCGAGUCAAGCAUGACGUCAAACACAAACACACAUUAUUCUACAAGCCAUUUGCCGCUCUUGAUAGUGAUAUCAACGAAGAACUGCCGGGUUCUAAAGCUAUCUCACACAUUGAGCGCCUCAUUCGAAGCGAGCAAUACAGUAGCGCCCUCCACGAAUCGUUCGAUAUGAUCCAGACUACAUUGGCUGGACUAAGAUAUCUACAGACCUAUGAUCGCUCCUUCAUCCGUAGUCUCGUUGUCAUAGCUUACACCGGGUGGGCGGCGUAUGCUGCGACCUUCAUCCUCAUUCCUAGUCAGGCGGGCUCGACGCCAACCGUGAAUGCCUAUGCGGCCGUCUUAGCUCUGUGGAUCGUACUUGCUAUUCAACGAUCACCGUGGAGUUUCUACCUAUACGCGAUCUUUCCAUGUUACUUCUGGGAUGCCGCUGUGAACAGAGCACGAGAACCGUUCCUUCAAUGGGCGCGGACUCGAGAGAAGAGGGAUCUCAAGGCGGCCGGUCUAAACUUUGGGCGAGGUGUCUUGGUCGCCGCGGCACUCGGGUGCAUGGUGAAAGCCUACACGGUCCGGUCGAUAUGGAGCAUCGGCUUCGUGCUUAUGGGUCUUGUGUGGCCGCGCCUCUGGCCUCGAGCUCGGCAGUCGAACACAAAUCUCACCUGGUUGUGGUCCUUGUCAUGUCUGGCCACGGGUGUCUUCCCGCUGCUAGAUGUGAAUAAAAGGGAAAACCUCCUGAUUAUACUCGUCGGCGGGUUGCUUAUGGUCUUGGUGGCAAACAUUGCUGCUAGAUAUGCGGUACCAGCGCGAGGUGCCGAAGCAACCUCACUGCUCGGUAUUGUACAAGUACAGUCUUGGCUCAUCUUAGCUACUAUGAUGAUUGCCAUGAGCUCCGUGUACAGAUUGCAAGCGAAGGCGGGAUUGCCUCUGUUAAAUCAGAUAGCGGGGUGGUGUGUCCUAGUCAUAUCGACACUGUACCCUGCUUUCUCCAACAUCAAGUAUGUUAACCCGGAAUCGAAGCUUAUCGUCUUAUUCCUUGCAUUUUGUCCCUGUUUUGUCAUUCUGUCGAUCAGCAACGAGGGCUUAUUUUAUCUCUCAUACUCGGUGACUUUGGGGUUAUGGAUUGAAGUGGAGACCAUGCUGAGGCCGCUGCCACCGACGAAGCGGACGAAAGGCAACAUUUCGGUCAAGAAGUCCAAUGAUUCCGCUGCGGACCGCGUACAGAGGUAUAAGCCAUGUGCGGAUGACCUACGGAUUGCGUUGUUCUUCCUGUUCUUUGUGCAAGUUGGGUUCUUCGGUACUGGCAAUGUGGCUUCUGUCUCCUCCUUCUACCUCGAGCCUGUAUACCGCUUAAUACCUGUAUUCAAACCCUUCCUCAUGGCGGCUCUUCUGAUCUUUAAGAUCGUGGCGCCCUACGUGAUUCUAUCCGCCACAUUCGCAACCCUCAACGCACGUCUAGGCUUACCUCCGUUUUCUCUGUUCUUGGUCGCCCUAACGCUGACAGAUGGCAUGACAAUGACGUUCUUCUUCCUCGUCACCGACACCGGCGCGUUCUCCAUCCUUCUCAGGUUACCGCACUCACUGACUUGCGCUGCAGGAUCUUGGCUCGAGAUAGGGCAGACGAUCAGCUUCUUCUGCAUCACGUCGUUGUUGCUGGUGUGGUCGGCAGGCAUCUGCGCGGCUGGCGAGAUCAUAAUGGGGGAUGUCCUGGAUAGCUUGCGGAGUAGCAAGUCUAACUCAAAAGUAGACUGA